GCUCCGGGCGUGGGGAGGCCGAGACGCGGGAGUGCAUCUACUACAACGCCAACUGGGAGCUGGAGCGCACCAACCAGAGUGGCCUGGAGCGCUGUGAGGGUGAGCAGGACAAGCGGCUGCACUGCUACGCCUCCUGGCGCAACAGCUCCGGUACCAUCGAGCUCGUCAAGAAGGGCUGCUGGCUGGACGACUUCAACUGCUAUGACAGGCAGGAGUGCGUGGCCACCGAGGAGAACCCCCAGGUGUACUUCUGCUGCUGCGAGGGUAACUUCUGUAACGAGCGUUUCACCCAUUUGCCGGAGCCUGGGGGCCCAGAAGUCACGUACGAGCCACCCCCGACAGCCCCCACCCUGCUCACGGUCCUGGCCUACUCGCUGCUGCCCAUCGGGGGCCUCUCCCUCAUCGUCCUGCUGGCCUUCUGGAUGUACCGCCAUCGCAAGCCCCCCUACGGCCACGUGGAUAUCCACGAGGUGAGAUGGGGCUGCCCUGGGGUGGGGCAGGCUGGAGGUGGGAGGCCAGGCCAGACCCUAGGAGGCCCUUGGUCUCUCCCAGGACCCUGGGCCUCCUCCCCCAUCCCCUCUGGUGGGCCUGAAGCCGCUGCAGCUGCUGGAGAUCAAGGCACGGGGGCGCUUCGGCUGUGUCUGGAAGGCACAGCUCAUGAACGACUUUGUGGCUGUCAAGAUCUUCCCGCUCCAGGACAAGCAGUCCUGGCAGAGUGAGCGGGAGAUCUUCAGCACGCCAGGCAUGAAGCACGAGAACCUGCUGCAGUUCAUUGCCGCUGAGAAGCGCGGCUCCAACCUCGAGGUGGAGCUCUGGCUCAUCACGGCCUUUCACGACAAGGGCUCCCUCACGGAUUACCUCAAGGGGAACAUCAUCACGUGGAACGAACUGUGUCACGUGGCAGAAACCAUGUCACGCGGCCUCUCGUACCUGCAUGAGGACGUGCCCUGGUGCCGUGGAGAGGGCCACAAGCCGUCUAUCGCCCACAGGGACUUUAAAAGCAAGAACGUCUUACUGAAGAGUGACCUCACCGCCGUGCUGGCUGACUUCGGCUUGGCCGUCCGGUUUGAGCCAGGGAAACCUCCAGGGGACACCCAUGGGCAGGUGGGCACGCGACGGUACAUGGCCCCCGAGGUGCUAGAGGGAGCCAUCAACUUCCAGAGAGACGCCUUCCUGCGCAUUGACAUGUACGCCAUGGGGCUGGUGCUGUGGGAGCUCGUGUCUCGCUGCAAGGCUGCGGAUGGGCCCGUGGAUGAGUACAUGCUGCCCUUUGAGGAAGAGAUCGGCCAGCACCCGUCACUGGAGGAGCUGCAGGAGGUAGUCGUGCACAAGAAGAUGCGUCCCGCCAUUAAGGAUCACUGGCUGAAGCACCCGGGCCUGGCCCAGCUCUGUGUGACCAUUGAGGAAUGUUGGGACCAUGAUGCCGAGGCCCGCCUGUCCGCUGGCUGCGUGGAGGAACGGGUGUCCCUGAUCCGGAGGUCAGUCAACGGCACUACCUCGGACUGUCUUGUCUCCCUGGUGACCUCCGUCACCAACGUGGACCUGCCCCCUAAAGAGUCGAGCAUCUAAGCCCGAGACACCGCGUCCCUCCAGACUCAGUGGAGCUGAAGAGGAAAGGAGGAAAGAAAAAAGUUGUGUUUUGUUUUGGAGAUCCCAUAAAACCAACAAACACAUAAGAUGCAGCUGCUAUUUUACCUUGACUUUUUAUUGUUAUUAUAAUUAUUAUAAUUAUUAUUAUUAAUAUUAUUUUUGGGAUUGGAUCAGUUUUUACCAGCACACUGCUCUACUGUAUUGCAAACAGCGGACAUGUCAGCAGGCGUUGAGGUGCUGAGCUGUGAAUACAGAACCAGCGCCAUGCUGAAGAACCUCAGUCACCUCCUGUCCUUUGGGGUUCAUUUUUCCCACACCCUCUUUGUUUGUCGUCUCAGAACCUGUGACUCAAAGAAACCCAUCUCCUGUCUUAGGAAACUUAAUGCUGCAAACCCUACCUGGAGGAAUCUCUGGAGACUGUUAUAUAAGAACACAUCUUCCUCGGAAGAGGUGCUUCCUCUCCCCCUGCCCUCGUCCCCUCCGCUCCCCGCCCCCUGCCUUUCCUUUGGUUUUCUCCCUUUUUAGACCGUGAGCUGAAGAAACAGCAGAUGUGUCUUUCGUGGGUCUGACGGGUGUUAUCCCGACCGAGGAAAGACUGGGAUGAGGAGGAUGAUGGUUUGGACUGGAGCCGGCGGGGCAGACGGUGCUGGGGGUGGGGUUUGGAGCGGAGCUACACUGGAGUCAGCAUGUUUGGAGCAGCAUCCUUGGCUGUGGAGGCUACUUCUCAGGUAACCCAGAACUGAGGGCAAGGGGCUUGUAGAGGCCAAGCAUUGACGGCCAGAGCGGGGUUUGGAGAAAGUCUGAGAGCUGGUGUGGUUUGGACCCACCUGCUGGCCCUGGCCAGAUUUUUCCCACUAACUUGGGCUUGGGUAUAGAAAAAACAUUUUUUUUUCUGCCCUGAUUUUAAGGUUAGGUGAGGGUAGAAAUCACCACAAUUUAACGAGUGUGUUCUUUACAAGACUUGAUGCUGUAAAUGUCUU